AUGAAAGAUAAAUUGGGACAAAUCCACAUCCUCUCAUAUGUUGUUGGCGAAUUGGUGAAGCACUCGAAUCUCCUGACCACAACCAAUCUUUCUCGAAAAACCACUAGGAAGGAACUUAAGCUGAAACUGAUUGAAGGUGAUGUUGUGAAAGUUGUUAUCUGGGGAAGAGUUGUAACUGAAUUUGAUAAAAUAGCCAAAGCUGUUGGUGAUCAACUUGUAAUUCUGGUAGUCACUGCUGUUUCUGUGAAAGUAUUCCAGUGUGAGCUUUCCUUUUCUUUUUCUGGGUCAACAGUCCUGUAUCCUAACCUUGAUAUACCAGAAGUGAAGGCUUUCACAACAAGGUAUCGGAUUCAGCUUGAGGUUGAAGCCAAUUCAAAGUCAGCAACCUUUAUAAUUUUCGAUGUUCGGACUCUAAUCUGCACAAAGACAGCUCCUCCUCAUCACUCAACAGCUGAAGAUUCUGGGUCUGUGCCUCCUGACAACAAACUCGAGCGAAAGAUGCCUUUGGCGUGA